AUUUAACUCUGCCCAUGAAAAUCACAAUUAUGACUGUGUUUUUGUUCCUUUAUGGGGAUGUUUUUCUUCAUAUCAACUUUCAACCAUAUAUUGUCAUUGGCCCCUAAACCCCCCCCACCUAUACCCCACCCCCCCCCCCCAACCCCCACCCCCACCCCCAUCAUCUUUUCAACAAGUUUAUUUAGGCAGCCUUUCAUAUAUAACUAUACCUGAGGAAGAUGUUUCUUGAGAGAGAAAAACUUUGUAUCUCAUUUACAUUUAUUUUGGAAAAGUGAUCGAGCGCUCAAAAGCUGAAUCAAAAGCUGAUUAUAUUACCGAAAGAAAUAGGCUUUUUUUUUUUUUGGGAUAUUUUAUUAAAAAUAAAAUUAAUGCUGAGCAACAUUGAUCCGUCCGCCGAGUACGCGGCGAGCAAGCGGAAGCGGCGGCCGGCGGGGACGCCAGAUCCGGACGCGGAGGUGGUGUCGCUGUCGCCGAAGACGCUGCUGGAGUCGGAUCGGUACGUGUGCGAGAUCUGCAACCAAGGGUUCCAGCGGGAUCAGAACCUGCAGAUGCACCGGCGACGCCACAAGGUGCCGUGGAAGCUGCUGAAGAGGGAGACGCCGGUGGCGCGUAAGCGCGUGUUCGUGUGCCCCGAGCCGAGCUGCCUCCACCACGACCCCUGCCACGCGCUGGGGGACCUCGUCGGGAUUAAGAAGCACUUCCGCCGCAAGCACAGCAACCAGAAGCAGUGGGUCUGCGACAAGUGCUCCAAAGGCUACGCCGUCCAGUCCGACUACAAGGCGCACCUCAAGACCUGCGGCACCCGCGGCCACUCCUGCGACUGCGGCCGCGUCUUCUCCAGGGUGGAAAGUUUCAUCGAGCAUCAAGAUGCGUGCAGCAUGGGGCGCCUCCGCUCCGACGCGCUGCCGCCGCCGGCGUGCUUAUCGCGGACGGCGUCGAGCCCUAGCCCCUCCAGCGACACCAAUCUCAGCGUCGUCGCGCCGUGGCAGGCGGCGUUGGCCAAGCCGAGCAACGAGGCGAUCUUCGUGACCGCAUCGACGUGUCGUCCCCCAAAUCUGGAGCUCCAGCUCCUCACCAAAUCCAACGAGGAUCACUCGACUCAGCUGCAGCUCUCGAUCGGAUCGUCGGAGAUCAACGGCGAGGCGGAGAUCAGCCGGUGCUCGCCGCGGGGGAGCACGACGGGCGGCGAGAGGCCGGCGAGGGUGAAGGAGCAGGCGCAGGAGCAGCUGCGGGUGGCGAUGGCGGAGAAGGCGUACGCGGAGGAGGCGCGGCAGGUGGCGAAGCGGCAGAUGGAGGCGGCGGAGCAGGAGUUCUCCAACGCGAAGCGGAUCCGGCAGGCGGCGCAGGCGGAGCUGGAGAAGGCGCAGGCGCUCAAGGACCACGCCACGAAGAAGAUCAACGCCGCCAUGCUCGAGAUCACGUGCCAUUCCUGCAAAUCAAAAUUCCAGCAGGCGUUAUUCGCUGAGAAUUCCAAUUCCAAUUCCAAUUCCAAUUCCAAUUCCAACUCGAUCGGAUUGAAUUUCAUCUCGUCUGCGCUCAGAGGCUGGGAAGGGAAGAAGGCCGAUCAUGAAAAAUAAAUAUCAUCAUAAUAAUUCUAAUAAUAAUACGCAAAUUAAUUAAUUAAAUCAAGGAUUUGCAUUUGCUGUGGUAUUGGUAUUUACUGUUAGCAUUAAUGUGUAGAUUUCGGAUAAGUUUGUAUUUUAUUUUAUUUGAUUUUGAUUUUGAUUUUGAUUUUAUCCCGUUGUGGUAGAGAUGGCGUUGAUAUAUGUUGGAACGGGGUUAUGAUCUGUGUAAUGAUGUACAUUUUUUUAAUUGUUACUUUUCAUUUAUUUUCCACAGGUUUAUGGUUAGCUAUCAUAAUUUUGAUGGAAGCUUUUGUUCAGGAACAAUAAUGUGAAAUUUUGAGGGUUUUUUACUUUUUCUUA